GUAAACAAAAGGGCCGCUUAGUUUUUUCUUCUUAGAGGCCAGUAUCAUAACAAACCAGAAAUUAAAACUUGACGUUCUAAAUUCAAAUUACAUUUUAUUUUUAUUGUUUAGUGCCAGUAUUCAAUUAUAAUCGAAUCUCAGUAAAUAACCGAUAUAAAGUCUUUUGAAAUGAUAUUAAUCAAAGAGUGUGUUUGCGUGUUUUUCAUUGUUACAUUUGGAGUGAGUGCCUUUCAUCUUCCAAGUUGUAACUUAACUCAGUAUUAUGAUCCUAACUUAAUGAGUUGUCAAUCUUGUCCUGCUAAUACGUCGAUGAUUCGGGCUGCAAAUGGCAAGAGCUUCUCUUGCGUUUGCGACGAUCAUAGUGUCCCGAACGGACCAGCAAAAUGCAGGUCCUGCAAUGCGACUGAACUGGUCUCCUCCGACGGAUCUGCCUGCGUUCCGAGACGGUGCCAGAAUACUUCUGGAAAAUUCGUUUGCAGAAAAUGCCCUAGCGAUUAUAUUACUGUGACUCAAAACAACGAUGGAUCUCCUAUGAAAGAAGUGUUAUGCGUGAAGUGUUCCCGAGGUUAUAAGGCACAGAACAACGUAUGUGUGCGUUGCGAAGCCUGUACGUGUACAAAAAACCACAUUGUGAUCAAAGAUGUGUGUGUGACCAAAAAAUAUUUGGCUGAGAGGCCGAAAUAUGAGGAGACUAGGGUGCACCCGUCCACUGUUUUGGAGUUUAUGAAGCAUGAAUAUCUAUGCAUGCAAAAUGACGCACUGUCCUGUAGAACUCUUACAAGCUACUGCGUUAGGAAUUUGUACACUACAGAUUUGGCUGGGCCUUGUCGGUUGUGGAUACAGCCUAAGCUUCAAACUCCUAAAGAAUUACCUCCCCUAACAAUAGAGACAUCUGAAGACAAAUUCUCGGGGGAGAUAAAGAUUUCAAGAGAAAAUGAAUUCAUAAUGAUAGCCAUCGCAGCGUACACAGCUGAGGGUGGCUUUCAAUUCGAAGAUAAUACUGAGGGUAAAAUUUUUUCGUGUUUUACACCAAGUCGGAUACGUGUUGGAAAUGAUUUCUACAAAGAGUGUAAUAUGAAUAUUUCAAAUCUAUCUCGUUUUGAAAAGGAAAGCACAUUUGGACUAUUUUUAUCUUCGAACGGUGAUUUUAAUCCAAUACCGAUUGUUGUGCGAAAACCGAAUGGAUAUUACAUAAAAAGAGACACAUGGACCACAAGUAAAUUCAGACGUUAUUUUCUAUUCGAUAAGUCGUUAUCCACGACAGUUAAUGUCAGUACUACUGUUUAUUUACGUACACUGAUUAUAAAAAUCAUGAUACAGAGAGAUAAAAGCUUAUCCAGUUCACUCCGAGGUCAAAUUUCAGCCGAGGUCCAGUACGCCACUAAAUCUAUAUCGGAUACUGUGACCACUGUCUUCAGAGUCGAACAUGAUUUGCCCACAGCUGGGAUUAUAAGAGGACUAGAGAUUUGGGGAGGCAUCCUGGGUGUUCUGUCGACCCUGUACGCCCUGGUCCAAUGGCGCGGCAACGUGCGCCGGGGCGGCUUCCUAUUCUCAUUAGUCCCUUUACUGGGAGGGACAGUCGCUGACGCCUUGUAUUUUGCGGUCUGGUUUUCUUCCCUGCACGCACUGGCGGCAGAAACUGGCACUUUGGGGAUGACCCUCCCCCUCUCGCGAUAUGAAGAGCAUAUUAUAAAAUCUUUCGUAUUUUCAGCAGUAUCUCUUAAGUUUCUACGGGUUACGUGGAUGAAUUGGAAUCAAUGUCGUUGUGACGUGUUCUUAUUAGAUUGGUCGGAAUACAACUCGCCUUUUGGUAAAGAUGGCGUUACAAUCGAGCAAUCAAAUUUAUGGAAAGUGGGCACACUAGCCAGAGAGUGGAGCAGCGUGCAGACAAAGAGAAGAGCACAUCCUGGAUACACUGUAACCCUGGCAUUAGCUAUCCUUUACUUCAUGUCACCUUGGCAGACCUAUUUACCCAAAAGCAAGGGUUAUCAAUGGACUCUUGCCACCAUAGCCUGGUGGACUUCUUACACCAGCGUUCUUCUAGUUAUGUUUGUGGCAGACAAGACCUUUGGAUCGCCAGCAAAGACUCUGCCUAAAGUGUGUUCAGGGUUGGGAGUAUCUCUAAUAGUAUUUCAGGAAGAUUUUUAUGCUCAUUACGUGCAUGGAAGGAACGAGGAGUCCAAAGAAAUGAGGGCUAUGACAGGCCCCCUUGCUACAUGUCGAGUGGUUGUUGCCCCACAAUUAAGGGCAGUAUACAAGCAACUAUCGGGUCCAGAAGCAGCGAUAACGCUUGGCGUAAAUGAACCAGCUCAUUCUCUUUUAACACAAUUUUUGGCUGCGUUUUUUGAAAGGGCCCUUGAUGGUCUGAACUGGGUGGCUAGCGAGCGGUCGGUGCUAGAACGAUUACUGGACGUGGAGAUGAAUGCGCGUGAGUCGGGAAGCACUAGCUGCUUGCUGUACGACCCAGAUGAUAAUGCUGCGUCCUGCUUUGCUGUUACCUGGUGGGGAGAAGAGUGGGCAUUGGGAACGUUCGACGCCAUGCUGUUUGGUGCUAUCGUCAUGGCUGCAGACGAAACCUUGACGGCUGCUGUGGUAACCUUAGCAGUAUGGAAAAUUCUAAAACAUCUAAGGACUAUAUUUGGAAAUAGAAAUUUACGGCUAAAGACUAAAGUUGAUAUUCCCUUAUUUCAAUAAAGCGUCAUCCACAUCUUCCAUUUAUUGCAGAUUAUUAUUGAAAUAAAGCACUAGAAAUAUUAAU